ACUCCCCGCCCCAUCCCCGGGAACGCAGGCGCAGUAGGUCCGUUGCGCCAUUCCCUCUCUCUCCCCCUUGAGCCAAUUUGCAUCUUCUCAGCAAAGGUUUGGGGAGGGGGAUCUGGAGGCCGGCUUUGAAAGACGGCGACAUUCAUUUUUCAAGCUGGGGCCCGUGAGGGCUGAAGUGCGCGGUCCCCGGACCGUGAAACCGAGUGCCUGUCUGAGGAGGCCAUGGAGGCGGAGGUGGGACCAGGGGAGUCCAGGGAGCUGGCUGAGUUCCCCGCGGCGGUGCGGGCGAAGAUCGAGCGAAAUCGGCAGCGAGCGCUGAUGCUGCGCCAGGCCCGGCUGGCGGCCAGGCCGUACCCGGCGGUGGGGGCAGCGUUGGGGAGCGCAGGAGGAGCAGGCAUUACUAAUGUGAAAUCAGCACCAAAAAUAAUUGACACGGGAGGAGGCUUCUUUUUAGAAGAAGAAGAAGAAGAGGAGCACAAAAUUGACAAAGUUGUACAUAAACCAGGGCCUGUCCUAGAGUACGAUUAUGCGGUUUGUGAAGAAUGUGGGAAAGAGUUUAUGGAUUCUUACCUCAUCAACCACUUUGAUUUGGCAACUUGUGAUAAUUGCAGAGAUCCUGAUGGUAAACACAAGCUUAUAACCAAAACAGAAGCAAAACAACAGUACCUCUUAAAAGACUGUGAUUUAGAAAAGAGAGAACCAGUGCUUAAAUUUAUUGUGAAGAAGAAUCCUCAUCAUUCACAGUGGGGUGACAUGAAACUUUACUUAAAACUGCAGGUUGUGAAGAGGGCUCUUGAAGUCUGGGGUAGUGAAGAAGCCCUAGAAGAAGCAAAGGAAAUUCGACAGGAAAACCGGGAGAAAAUGAAACAGAAAAAAUUUGAUAAAAAAGUAAAAGAAUUACGCAGAGCUGUAAGAAGCAGUGUAUGGAAAAAAGAAACAGCUAUUCACCAACAUGAGUAUGGGCCAGAAGAAAACAUUGAAGAUGACAUGUAUCAGAAGACUUGUACAAUUUGUGGCCACCAAUUGACAUAUGAAAAAAUGUAAUGUGAGUUUUUAGAUUUAACCAUUUUGAAAUAUUUUAUAUUUAAAUAAAGAGAAUUUUAAAGACAAGUCAUGUAAUUAUGCAAAAUUGUUAACAUGAAGUGGUUUCAGUUUUCAUUGUUAGCAAGCACUGAUUUUUACAUUUGAGUAGUUAUUUACUGGAUACUUAUGGUUAAAGGCAAGUUAACUUACUUUCAUCAUGCAAUGGGGUGAACACAUAAAAUCUUAAGAUAAGUAGUUUUUGCUAUACUUUUAGCCCUGGUCUUAUAGAAAAACAGCUACAUUAUUCUCUUUAAUUCUCAAUCAAUUUAAGUUUGGUAUUGCCUAUACUUUUGGAGUUGCCAUAAAACUUGUCUAAUUAAAACACAUCCCAAUGGUUUACCUAGUUCUGAAUUCUGUGCAAUGUAACUGCUAACCAAUGUGCUGAGAAAGUGGUCUUCUGUGACAUUUAAGAUUAUAUCUAGCAGGAAAACAAACUUAACAAAACAAUAAUUUGGAUCAUGUUUUUGUAGUCAUUACUUUUUCACAUGUAUUACUUAAACUGUAAUGAAUAAAGGAAGUACAAGUGAAUUAUUCUAUGUAUGUGGCAAGCUUCCUUAAAAUGACAACCUAAUUUUAACACAUGCAUUUAAGUACUGUUGUACAAUGCCAUGCAUUUUAUGAACAAUAACUGACAAGACUCUUACAACAGAAAGGUUUCUGGGUGAGAAAACUGCUCUGGAGUUGUACAAGAUUUUUCGUAAGUAGAGAUUUUAGUGUCAAUUAUACACAACAGACUAAUGUUAAAAAACAUAUUUCAAUUUUAUUUUUUCAACCAUAUUUUGUCAAAUUAUCCAGGAACCAUGAAAAUCUAUGCUGCUUGGUAAAUAAAAGAAAUCCAACUUUUCUA